AGAAAAGGGAAGUUGAAAGGAAAGAAAAACAUAAAAAUUUUACCAAUUAGACGUCCAUUUGUUUGCAGUUUUCUUUAAGUGAAAAACCCAACUCGGGAGACCUAAUUAAACCAUCUCAUCACGGAGAAAGAAUUGAAGGCAGUGAAUGGGGAUCCAAAUCUGACGAACAUGAAUUGAUUUCAUAGGUUGAUAGGUAUGGUGGAAGGAGAAGCCACGGUGAAAAGAAAGAGAAGAAGAAGAUACAGAAAAAGACUGUACAACAAUGAGUCUCAGUACCAUGCUCACCACUCAGUUCCUGUUGAUACCGAUGUUAAGGAAAAUAAGAUGAUAGAAACUGUACAAGCAGUAACAUGUAGAACUGAGGGAAAUGGUGAUGAAGCUAGCUCUAUGGAGGUCACUGAUAUUUGUUCCUCGUCUUCAGUUGAUGAAGGUUUGAUAUCGAAUAUAUUCUUUGGAACAAGCACUGGAGAUAUGGUGUCAGCAGGAGGUAAAAUAAGUGUUGAUGGUGAGAUGGUGAGAAGUGAGCGAAAAUCUGUUUUAGCAGAAGAAACUGUUGAUGCUGGAAUAAAGGAAAUGCAUGUAGAGAAAGAUAAAUGUGUAGAAACCAUAAAAUCAUCUGUGAAGAACACUGUGCUACGGAGCCAUCCUCAGAAACGAAGAUAUUUUGAUCUUCCAAAUGGCAACUGGGCUAGGUGUCUCGAUUACGGAGAAAAUAAUCCAGCAGCAGCCAACUGUAUGUUGCAAAGGCGAGGGAAAGCAUUUUUCCUAAGCAGGAAUAAUCGGCAUAUUGGAAAGCAUUGCUUACAGCAGGGCCAAUUUUGCUUUGUCUGCAGAGGAACUUUCCGCCAAGCCCAUGAUUGUCCAAAGAAACAAGAAGAAAAUCAUAAUAUUUGUUUAAGAUGUGGGGAUUCGGGACAUGAUAUGUUCUCUUGUAUGAGUAAUUAUUCUGCUGAUGAUCUCAAGAAAAUUCGAUGUUACGUUUGCAAAGAUUUUGGUCAUCUUAGCUGUGUCAAACUUCCAGAUACAAGUCCAACGGAAGCUUCCUGCUAUAAUUGCGGCCAGUCUGGCCAUUUUGGAUCAGACUGCUCGAAGUGUUCCAAAGUUGUCCAGGGCUCGAAAUCCCCUGCUUUAUGCUACAGGUGCAGAGAGGAAGGUCAUUUUGCACGAUCGUGCACUCUCCCUAGGAAGCAUGCUAGGAAAGUUCGUGCCGAAGUGAUAUCACCUGGCUCUAGGUCUUCUCUUCCUAAGCAUGAACCUCAAAGUGAUGCCAACAACUGAGGGCGAAACACAAGAAGGUAUAAUCAUCAAUAUCAUUCAAUAAAGAUGUGAGUCAUUCUCCAAUCACCACCGUGGAGAAUCGAGGCAGAAUUCACGACGACUCCUGCAAGAUGUUACUUUUGUCCAUGGUCAUCUGUUCCUGCAUCAUGGAAAUCUAGGUUUAAAAUGUAUGAAACCAUAGGGGAGCUGUUGUUUGUUUAGCCAACCGAUGCAAUUAUUUAACAUUCAACUCCACCAUGGAUUAUAAGUUUACUUGUUUUUAUGUUAAAUUUAAAAGGGAUCAAAUUACUUCACUUUUAUAGCAGA